AUGGCACGUCCCGGUUAUGGCGGUGUCCUCGACACGCCAGGAACCAACGUUGGCGACGCGACAUAUCUCGAUCGCCAGCCCGACUUUGACAUGUCGCAAGAAGUCUCCUUCCAAAAGUACAAGAAGCACCUGACGACGGGCCGAAAAGGAUCUCGAGAGCUACCGUCAACAGAUGCUCCAGCUGCAGGAGAAGGCAAGAAGAAGUAUGCCGACGAAAAGCAGUUGGCUGAGAUUGACCGUCUCCAACAGUCACUGGAGGAGAAGGAAUCAGAUAUAGAGUAUCUGCAGCGCCAAGUGCAACAAGAAAAGGGAGAUUCGGCAGAGGUCGAGAAGCUGAGAGACGAAAUCGGAGACCUGGAAGCAGACUUGCGCGAAAAGGAUCGCCUCAUUGGCGAACACGAAGACCAGGUUGAUGAUCUCCAAGCCAAGCUGAACGAGAAGGACGAAGUCCUGGGUGAACGCGAAGACGAGAUUGAGGAUUACAAAGCCAGGCUUAAGAGGGCAGACACAAAUGCUGCUGGAGAACACGACGAGCAACUCAAAGAUCUCGAAAGCAAACUGCAAGAAAUGGAGGCCCAGUUCAAGCACGCACAACGGAGAAUGAUCGAGAUGGAGCAGGAGGCCGAAACGCAAUCCCGGCAAGCGCUGCGAAGAAUCACCGAACUCGAGCAAAAGGCCGAGGACGAGUCCAAGCAGGCUCAGCAAAAAAUUCUCGAGCUCGAACGAAAGGCCGAGGCCGGUUCGUCGGCUAACGACGAGUUGGAGGACGCCAGAGACACCAUUCAAGACCUCGAGGCCAGCAUCCGACGGUUAGAGGCUCAAGUCGACGAGAUCCAAGACAAGGCUGACGACGCCAUUUCGAACAAGAAGAGGGCAGAGAGCGAUUUGCAAGAGCUGCAGGAGGAGAUGGCCAACAAAUCAGUCGUCACCAAGGGGUUCAGUCGUCAAAAAGAAGAACGACUCACCCGCCUGCAGAAGGAGCUGGAGCAAGCUGAUGAGAGAUACGCAACACUGGAGAAGGAGUUUUCUCAGGCAAUGACUGAAAACCGCAGCCUCAAAUCAUCCAUCCAGGAGACACGGCAAAGCAAGGACCUCUCUGAACAAGAGCACCAUUCUCUCGUUACGAAGGUGGAAGAGCUGAGGAAAGAACUUCAAGCGCGGAUUGACGAGAAGAGCCUGCUCCAGACACGACACGACGCGUUGACCAACGAGUCUGCCUCUCUGCAGCGUGAUGUUUCGCGCGAGAAAUGGGAAACGGACCGCCGCACGCUGCAGUCGGAGCGCGAUCGAGCACAAGAGAAAGCAUCGAGCCUGGAAAGCACUAUUGCUCGGCUGCGCGAAGCGGAGGGUAACCUAUCCGGAAAAGAGGCACAACUUCAGGAGGCGUUGCGAAGUGAGGCUGAGCGUCACAAGAACGAGCAAGCCAGUCUCGACCGCCAAAUUUCCGACCUGCGACAAGAUCUCGACUCUCGACAGUCGAUGCUCACGGAGUUGCGCAAUGAACUUUCUGCGACGCGAGACGAUCUGCGGCAAACCCAGGUUGACUACCAAUCACAGUCAGAGAAGAUUGAAUCACUAGAGGAUGAGGUCGAGGUUCUACAGACGACACUAGAUGAAGAGUCUGAACAUUCCCGCGAGGAGCUUGAAGCUGCUCGACGCGAGUGCGAGGACCUCAAGCAACAACUCGAGUCCCUUCGCCGCACUGCCGACCUGGCCCGUGGUACCGCCAGCUCAUACCAGCAGAACGAGACGCGCGCCAGUGCGUCCCUCGAACGACUGCAGACGCAACUAGACGACUCAAGCGCCCAAGUGGUCAAGCUUGGCAAGGAGAAGAAGGACCUGCAGGACCAGCUUGCAUCUCUGGAUCUGGAAAUGCGCUCGCUGAGGAACUCGCUCGCUGAAGCGAGGGCUGAGCGUGACGAGGUCGAAAGUGAAAUGAAGAGGCUGCAGCAUUCAGGCGAAGAGACUCUACGCGUCGAUCGCGAGAGACUCGACCUGCGGACUGCCAAAAUGAAGCUCGACAACGAGGUGCGCCGCUUGAAGGAGGAGAACAACGUGCUCAUGGAGCAGAGGAGAUCGCUCGAGAGAUCGCUGGAAGAUGAGAUUGACAAGUCUGCGGAGGAGGAGGAGCGUCUCAACCAGGAGAUCCUCCAACUGCAGUCCAAGCUCAGGGAGGCGUCGUCUUCUGAUGGGCCAGAGUCUUCAUCCACGCGCAGGACCAUCCGCGAGCUUGAGCGACGCAUCCGAGACUACGAAGAUCAACUCGUCGCCACGGCCAAUGUCCCCGUCGGUAACGUCACGGAGGGCAACAGCGAGUUGUCACUUGUCCGUCGCGACCUGUCAACUGCCCGACAGAGGGAGCGCGAGUUCUUGCAACGUGAAUCAGCGCACAAGGACAUUGUCAAGAACCUCAAGCGACAGAUUGCAGACCUCGAGCGCCAGGCCCACGAGGCCGAAAUGUCUCGUCUCAUCGCAUCGCCAAACUCUUCCAGCACGUCCGCUCGUCCGUCGGAGGUCAACAGCCUCCGCACUCAGCUCUCAUCAGCUCAGCAGUCGGUGCAAGAGUUCAAGACCAAGGCGCGCGAUGCCGAGCGCAAGGUCGGGCAGAUCGAGCGCGACUUCCAGUCCCGCCUCGACGACCUGGAAGACCAGAAAGCGUCGCUCGAGCAAGCCCUCGAAGACGCGCAGCGCGACGCCGACGAAGUUACGGUCCUCCACGAGAAAGCCCUCCGCCGUCUCAGCCAGAAGCUGGACAAGUCGGAACGCGAGCGCAAAGCCGCGGCCUCGAGCCGCCUCAACCUCGACAGCAUGUCGUCCGAGCACCGCAACCUCCAGGAGCUCCUGCAGCGGUCCGAGGCGGAGACGGACGCGCUCGAACACGACGUGCUGCAGCAGCAAGACGCCAUCGACGCCCUCUCGGCCGCCGAGGCCUCCCUCCGUCGCAAGCUCGAGCGCACGCGCAGCGAGCGCGCCGCCUACAGGCUCACAGCCGAGAAGCUCCAGCGCGACAUUCGCGAGCUCAAGGGCCGCCGCCGACACGGCGCCGCAGGGGCCCCGCCGUGUACGACACGCUCAACGAGUCGGCCAUUGACACGCAACAAGGCCCAGCUGCGCGAACUCGAGCAGAUCCGCACCGAAGUCCUCGGCAGCCGCCGCGCCCUCGCCGCCCCGCCGCCGAGCCUCGCCGGCCGCCUCGCCCGCCCGCCGGGGUCCCGCCCGACCUUCAAGGCCGUGGCGACGAUGGCGCGGUUCGUGGCGCGGGCCAAAAUCUGCGCGCGCGAGUGGGCCAAGCACGAGGCCACGCGCAAGAAGCUCGCCGACAGGGUCGAGGAGAUGCGCCGCAUCAAGAAGAGGAGGGGGCUCAAGGUCGUUCGGGAGGAAGAGGCGCACGCCGUCUGA